GAAGCAGCAGCAAUCAGGCAGUCCAUCAGUAAAUUUGCUGCUAAACCAACACACACACCAUGGUUCUCUCUGCUGUCCUCGGUUUCCCACGUAUCGGACCGCUCCGUGAGCUCAAGAAGGUCUCUGAAAAGUACUGGUCAGGUACUGCCAGCCAGGAUGAGCUCCAAUCUGUUGCCAAGCAAAUCAGGUCAGACAACUGGAAGCUCAUGAAGGCACAAGGUGUCGACUCCAUCCCUUCCGGUGACUUCUCCUUCUACGACCAGGUCCUUGACCACUCGCUCCUCUUCAACGUCAUCCCUGAGCGUUACAACGGGUACGAGCUCAGUCCUGUUGACUUGCUCUUUGCUAUGGGACGUGGUCUCCAACGCCCUGCAAAGGACGGCAAGCCAGCUGUCGAUGUUGUCUCCCAGGAGAUGGUCAAGUGGUUUGACUCAAACUACCACUACAUGCGUCCUGAGGUCGCAGACAACACUGAAUUCAAGAUCAACGUCAACAAGCCUCUUGAAGAAUACAAGGAGGCAAAGGCUGCUGGUAUCCAGACACGUCCUGUCCUUGUUGGUCCCAUCACUUUCCUCUACCUCGCCAAGUCUGCCAAGGGAUCCUCCAAGAAGCCUCUCGAGUCCCUUGAGAAGCUCAUCCCCGUCUACGCAGAGCUCCUCGGUCAACUCAAGGCCGCCGGUGCCGAAUGGGUCCAGAUUGAUGAGCCAGUCCUGGUGUAUGAGCUCGAAUCGGACGUCACAUCCCUCUUCAAGUCUACCUACGAGAAGCUUUCUGCUGCAGGUCCCAAGGUCAUGUUGACCACCUACUUUGACAGUCUCGGUGCCAACACUUCCAUCCUCAAGGGUCUUGCCGUUCAGGGUGUCCACGUCGACCUCGUCCAGCGAUCUGCCUCUGAGCAGCUCGAUGCUGUUGUGUCACAGCUCUCUGAUGACCAAGUCUUCUCUGCCGGUGUCAUCAACGGUCGUGACAUCUGGAAGGCCGAUUUCGCCAAGGUCAUUGAGAAGUUGCAAUCUACUGUUGAGAAGCGUGGUCAGGACAAGGUCCAGGUCUCUACCUCCUGUUCAUUGCUCCACUGCCCUGUGACGCUUGAGUCUGAGAAGAAGCUCGACCCUGAGCUCUACGACUUCUUUGCCUUCUCCAAGGAGAAGUGCAAGGAGGCUGCUAUCAUUGCAAAGGCACUCACAGAGGGCAAGGAUGCCGUCAAGUCUGAACUUGAGGCCAAUGCCAAGUCCAUGAAGGCUCGCAAGGAGUCCAAGUUCACCAACGACGCAAAAGUCCAGGAACGUGUCAAGAAGAUCACAAAGGAAGAUGGUAAGCGCAAGGGAACCUUUGAGGCCCGUGACAAGCUCCAGCGUGAACACCUCAAGCUCCCUGACUUCCCCACUACCACUAUUGGGUCAUUCCCUCAGACCAAGGACAUUCGUGUCGCUCGCAACAAGUUCACCAAGGGUGAAAUCUCGCCUCAGGAGUAUGAGCAAUUCAUUGAGAAGGAGAUUCAGAACGUCGUCAAGUUCCAGGAUGAGGUUGGUCUUGAUGUGUACGUCCACGGUGAACCAGAACGUAACGACAUGGUGCAAUACUUUGGUGAGCAACUCACUGGAUUUGCCUUUACACAAUUUGGUUGGGUCCAGUCGUUCGGCUCGCGUUACGUGCGUCCACCUCUCAUUGUUGGUGACAUUGCUCGUCCCAAGGCCAUGACCGUCAAGGAGUCUGUGUACGCUCAGUCGCUCACUGAUAAGCCUAUGAAGGGUAUGUUGACGGGUCCCGUCACCAUUCUGCGUUGGUCUUUCCGCCGAAACGACGUGCCAGAGUCUACGCAGGCACUUCAGCUUGCUCUUGCUCUGCGCGAUGAGGUGGUUGACCUCCAGAACGGCGGUGUUGGUGUCAUCCAGGUCGAUGAGCCUGCUCUUCGUGAAGGAUGCCCACUCAAGCGAUCCGAGUGGGAAGAGUACUUCAGCUGGGCUGUUGAGUCGUUCCGCAUUGCCACUGCUGGUGUUGAGGACAAGACUCAGAUCCACUCGCACUUCUGCUACUCUGACUUCAAUGAGAUCUUUGAUGCCAUUGAGGCACUUGACACGGAUGUGUUGUCGUGUGAGGCUUCCAAGUCUGACCUUAAGCUGCUUGACGUGUUCAAGGAGAAGAACUACAAGGUCAAUGUUGGUCCUGGUCUCUUCGACAUUCACUCGCCUCGUGUCCCUCCUAAGUCUGAGUUUGACCAGCGUAUCGCUGCUAUGAAGAAGGUUGUGCCUGGCUCGUCGCUUUGGCUCAACCCUGACUGUGGUCUCAAGACACGUACCUGGGAGGAGUGUACGGCUCAGCUCAAGAACAUGGUGGCUGCUGCCAAGGCUGCUCGUUCUGCUUAGAUUCAGUCUUGUCGCCGACAUGUUGUUUCUUAGCAAUAACAAAAACACUAUGGGUCGAAUUUCAACACGACCUCACCAAAAAACGGCUUCAUCUCAUUGAGAAGUAGCUUCUGACGACCUCCUCUUUCUUUAAUGAUCAUUCAACAUUGCCCAGGGGUCUUCCAAUAAAGAAAUAGGAAGCGUACAUUUUCCUUUCCCUGUUAGAGAACCAAUUGCGAUUACAACUUCUUGUGCGUCCAUGUCUUUUCAUGGACAUCUUUUCAAUGCAUAGAACAC